AUGAAAAUGCAACCUGGUGUCAGGAUUUGGCUGUUCGGGUCAUUGAUCUGUGCUGCAUGGUUGGUUGUGAUUGCAACUGAGGGGCAUAAAGGUGCACAACCAGAAGUGACUACCAAAUAUGGGCGACUUCAAGGAAAACAGACCAGCGUGAAAGGAACAGACAGGCUCGUGAAUGUUUUUCUUGGAAUUCCUUUCGCAAAACCACCUCUUGGAUCCCUAAGAUUUUCCCCACCACAACAAGCAGAGCCAUGGAAAGGUCUGAGAGCUGCAACUUCCUAUCCACCAAUGUGCCUACAAGACACAGAGUGGAUAAAGACAAUGACAACAAUGUUAAAAGCUGUAUUUCCUCCCUUAACAGUUUCUGAAGAUUGUUUAUAUCUGAAUGUUUACACUCCUGCCCAUUCAGACAAGAAGGCUAAGUUACCUGUUAUGGUGUGGCUCCAUGGAGGAGCUUUGCUGAAUGGUGGGGCUUCGAUAUAUGAUGGGUCAGCACUAUCUGCCUAUGAAAAUGUGGUGGUGGUAGCUGUCCAGUAUAGGUUAGGUAUCAUUGGAUUCUUUAGUACUGGUGAUGAACAUGCUCGUGGAAACUGGGGCUUAUUGGAUCAAGUGGCAGCUUUGCAGUGGGUUCAGGAAAAUAUUGAUUUUUUUGGAGGAGAUCCAGAGUCUGUUACUAUAUUUGGAGAGUCUGCAGGAGGAUUCUGUGUUGGAGCACAUAUUUUAUCACCAUUGUCAAAAGGUUUGUUCCAUAAAGCCAUAUCAGAAAGUGGAGUUGCUCAACUUCCUGGCUUCUUUAUUUCCCAUCCUCAAGCAGUUGCUAAAUUGCAGGUAAUUGCUAAUAUAUCUGGCUGUGAGACAACCAGUUCUGCAAUGGUUCACUGUUUAAGGAAGAAAAUGGAUAAGGAAAUAAUGACCCUGAGUGCUGAUCUAAUUAAGCAAAUGGGAUAUGUCCCUGCAGUUAUAGAUGGUGUGUUUAUUCCAAAGAAACCCGAAGAGCUGCUGGCUGCCAAAGAAUUCAGUACUGUCCCAUAUAUAAUAGGAGUAAAUAACAAUGAAUAUGGCUGGAUUAUUCCUUCAAUAUCUAACUUUCCUGGCAUAGAAGAAGGGAUGGAGAAACAAACCAUAAUCUCAUCAUUGCAGCUGACAUUGUCACUAUUGAGGUUUCCAUCUGAAUCUGUGUCUGUGGUAGCAGAUGAAUAUUUAGGAGACACAGAUGAUCCUGCUGAGCUGCGAGACCGAUUUCUGGAUCUGCUGGGAGAUAUCGUCUUUGUUAUUCCAGCUCUUCAAGUGUCUAAAUAUCAUAGAGACUCUGGUGCUCCUCUCUACUUUUAUGAAUUUCAGCAUCGACCCAGUACUUUUAAAGAUACUAAGCCAGAUUUUGUAAAGGCGGAUCAUGGAGAUGAAAUUGGCUUUGUCUUUGGUGGGCCGUUCUUGAGAAGUGAUGCAGUCAUAAUUGCUGAGGCUACAGAGGAAGAGAAACACCUCAGCCGAACGAUAAUGAAAUAUUGGGCUAACUUUGCACGAAAUGGAAAUCCUAAUGGCAAGGGUUUGGUGGAAUGGCCAGUCUAUGACUUGAAUGACCAAUACCUGGAAUUAAAUUUAAAGCAAAAGAAAGCAGAGAAACUGAAAGGGAACAGAAUGGAGUUCUGGACAAAGAUCUUCCCUGAAAAAGUGAAGAAAAUAACUGAAGACAGGAAAGAGCACUCAGAGUUAUAA